AUGGACCCCGAUUCGUCGCCCUCGUCUGUCGCGACUGGGUGGACGACAACACGGGCCUUUCAGCAGUCACCACCACUGACAGACCCUGCGCAUCGAGUUCCAGCAUCCCCAGAGAGGGCCGUGAUACAGCAGCCUCCCAGGCCUGAGAAGGACGGCAAAAGGGCAAAGACGGGACGCGGACCUGCAGGUCUCGGGCUGGGGAAAACAAAACCAUUGAUCUCCGCAAAUUCGCAAACGAAACCUCUACUCCCAGUAACCGAACGUAGGUCGCACGAGGAUAACCUUGCGGCUCGACGUGCAAAGAAGCGCAGCCAGGAUGAGGACAAAUGGGAUAUCACUCCGGAUGGGGGCUCAGCCGGACGCGAAGGGAGGCAGUUUGCCGUCGCGAACGUGGGAAACAAUGGCCGCAUAUAUUUGAGACCUACCGUUCGCCCCGCACACCAGCGCUAUCCGCAGCCCAACUUUGUGUUCCCCAUGACGCCGCCCAGCACCGCCGGACUCGAGGCUAUAGCCUCGGAUCAACGCAUGGGCGCACAUGCGCAAGUGCCGCUCCGCGAAUGGACUCCCUCGCAUCCUCCUUCCUCCUCCCACAGCGCGGGACGGGAAGCCUCGGCAGAGAAGCAGAUCAAGAUCCGGCAGCGACAACGCCGUGCCAUGUCCGAUUCGACAAUACCCGACACCAGUGUUGCCCGAGAGUCGGAGCCAGGGGGAUUCAAGGUGGUAAUCACUAAGCCGGGCGAGGAGCAGAGGCCCAGGACCGUCGACGAAAUGGACUCUGAUCGCCCGCCAUUAUUAGAAGUGGCUAUUCCUUCAUGGAGAAUCGGCACGCCCAGGUUCAGCAUCCGCGGCACGCCAUUCUUUCGAGGCUCCUCGUACGCCCCGACCGAGGACGUCCGCUUGAGCAAUACUUCCUUCCUCCGUCUCGCACGCCAGGAUGGCACCCCGAGCGAUUCGAAGAGGCUGAGCUACUUCCGCAUCUCGGGGUUUCUAUCCCCUUCGGCCGACUCCUCCAACCUCGGCUCGAUUCGCAACCCGCCUCGAUUACGAACCACAUACAUGUCCACCCACCUCGUUAUCGAACCUUCCAUGUUCGACGUCUUGACGUUCAAACCCGCCUGCGAUGAUCGCGCCAUUGUCCGGUACUCAGCGUCCGGCACCGUGACCGCAGCCACGCCGCCGCGCCUGGUGGCCGAGAUUACGUCCCCUAGCUUCGUAGACUACGAGCUGCUAUCCGACUUCUUCCUCACUUACCGCUCCUUCCUCGAACCAUCUGACCUUCUGCGCAUGCUCUUUGCACGACUUCAGUGGGCGUUGUACAGGACCGAUGAAGCGGGCCAGGUGGUCAGGGUCCGCACCUUUGUUGCCAUCCGCCAUUGGAUCCUCAACUACUUCAUCGACGACUUUCUAUGGGACCACAACCUCCGCGUUAUACUAAGCAACCUGCUCAACGGACUGGUUGACGAAUUUUCGCAGGAUCAGCAGGCGCGCAAAGUCCCACUUAAAAUCUUAGCAGAACUCAAGAAGUGUUGGCGGAGAGUCUGCGCCCAAUUUUGGGAUGGGCCCGAGUUCGAUGCGUCGCUUGGGCCCGAGGCGCCGGUUUCUCCUGGGGGAAUCGCUGGCCAUCGCGAUUCAAAGUUGGAUUUGACGGUAUCGGCACAAACUAGCAGUGAGCCGCCGCAGUUGGCCGACUUGGGGGUCAACUCCAGUCCUCUCGGACGCACUAGCUUCUUUGCUGGUCUAGCGAGGGCCGGUCAUAUUGACGCGGUUGUGGCCGGUGAACGCCCGGCUACCCCCGAGAACGCCGCAGAUGACGAUGGGUUGGACAGGAACGGCGCGAUCUCGCCCACCAGCAUCACUAGCGUGGAUGUGAUCUCUUGCUCGUUCCCGACGAAGACUGCGCGGUCGCUCACGAGACCCGGAGCCCGCUAUGCCGCCGCACAUCCGGUCGAUCCCGGGGUCAUGCAUAGCGCUGAGCCGGUCGCCACCACCCCACGCGCUGUCGUCGGCAAGCGUGUCCGCCGCCAGCCCUCCCACAAGCGAAAUGCCAGCCUGAGCGACUCCUUGCGCGAUCAUCCGUCCGCGACCGACGGUCUCUACAAAAACGCCGAGUUCCUUUUGGCGCUCCCCUAUGCCGGAAGCCUGGUUCGCGGAAACCUGCUACCGCCUUCCCAGGCGCUCGUUGAGGUUCAUCCACCGAACACCAACGCGAGGCAGACGACAAUCUUCCAACCUGUCCCAGCUGCACCGAGCAAGGAGGCAAACACCGUGGCAUCAGCCAUGUCAGGGCAAGGCAUGAAGCGGUUGUUGGGCAGCGUACGACGUGCUCUGAGCACUAAGGGCCAGCACCUGUCCCCAACUCAGGGCACCUUUCUCACACUAUCUCCGAUUGGGCCCAGAGGCGCGACGAUCAACAGGCUCCCCGGCACUCCAAUAGUACCGCAGACACGAGGUCAUCAGAAGGGUGGUCGACCACCGGUCCGAAUCGAUCUGCUUGGCGCCCAGGUUGCCGAAGACUUCAAGAAAGCUGUCCGGGAAGAUUUCCAAGCCCAGUCCGAGAAAUCCGACCAGAACUCGCCUCCCGCCAACGCGCAAACCGCCGAUGUGGUGGCGGGAUCCUCGACCUCCCACCUCGGCCCUUCACUCUUAAGCCUCUCGAAUGACCACGUGCUGAACCGACCUACGAGCGACAUGGGCAUCACGACUGGCAGCAAGUCGAUUGUUAUUGUCGAUGACACGUCGCUUCCUGAGGGUUAUCCUGUUAUGACGGGUGCCUUGCCGGCGGUCAACUCAUCGGUAGAAGCAUUCGCGGAGGCCUUCGUGCCCAGCGGGGCAGACCCGACACCACCGAACACACCGCCAGGGCGCCCAAUGGGGACGCCCAGGAGGUCUUCAUACAUACUUGGCCAGCACAUGCUGCGUCACUCGCAUUCGGCUGACCCUCUGCCACCGUUUAUUCCUGAUCUCGAUACCAUUGGGGUGAACGCACGGCUAUCUGAGGAUCAAGCCCGUCCUUCCCUCGAAUUUCUGAAUCAGGCACCAACCCCAGCGUCCACCAACGGCGCAAGAGGGCAUACAAGGCAACCUUCGAGUCAAUCAUACCAUUCGAAUCGCACCCGGGGCUUGGCUCGCCAAGCUUCCUUCGCUCGCGGUAGCUUCCAUCAGGCAACCGUCCGCAGCUUCGAUGCCACAACGGUUUCCGGCGAAUCGGUCGACGAGGUUUCCCCGGCCUCCCCGGCCUCCCCAACCAUGAUCCCACAACCACUUCGAGUCCUAAGGAGAAGGCCAGGCGGAGAUCUUCGUGCUGUUACCAAUGUUGGCGAUCUAGAUCCGGCGAUGGUCCGUCAGUCCAACUCCGCCGGGUCUCUGACGACGUACAGCGACUCCAUCCGCAGCUCGUAUCUCCGUAGCGCUGUUGCGGACUCGAGCGGCGAUGUCGAUGGCGUCGCCAGUAACUGUUCCCCCGGCCACGCCGAGACCUUCUCCCUCGGCGCCAUUGCCGAGCAGCACCCCAAGCGGAAUCUGUCUUUGUUCAGCACCCACUCGUCCAAGCCUGUCAUGCGGCCCUCGUUUGAAGCUGAAGCGCAGAAGCUUGCGUUGAUCCCUGAUGACAUGGAUGAUGAUGGAGGCGUCGAGUCUGCGCUCCUCAAGUUGGAGGGCAAGUACCCGAUUAAAAAGAUGGCUCCCAAGCUGUCGAUGGACCUGAGUGCGCCACCAAAAAUCGAUGUGGCUCCGGAUUUGGGGGUCAGUGAGGAUCCCGCAAUACUAGAGGAGAAAGAGGAGCGUCGCAUUGCCCAGGUCGGAGAUGAGUUACCUCCACCUUCCUCGUCGACCGCGCCGUCUACCAUCACACACCAGGGCGGCUUGUUGGACGUUACAGGCCGCCAUGAGCGCCAUCAUGCUGUGCAGUCUUUUUUGUCGGAUGAUUCUCGGGCAUCCUACUCGUCGAUCCCGCUGCUCCAACGUGGUCUGACGGACGACGGGCACAGCAGGCGGACGGACACACGGGAAUGGACUGAUCGGUCCAUCCUGCAGGGACCUGAUGAGGACCCCGCGACGCCAGACGACCGCAGCGUCCACGACUCCCAGCAUCCUUCGUAUGACUUUGUCAAGAAGACGGAUAGCAUGGAUCGCAUCCUCCAGGGGGCCACUGUGCCGACACCUGGAUCGUUAAAGGGCAGUCUCGAACACUCGUUCCUGGAUGUUGACAGCGAUAAUGAGAGCGAUCUCUCUUCGGAGCUGUCUGCGGAAGCGCUGAAUGAGGAGCAUGAAGUUGGGAUUUUUUCGCCGUCGGACAUUGGAGUUGCCAUCUCCACACUGCCCGCCCAUCCCCUUGGCGAGAGCCAGCCUAGUGUGAGGCCCGAAUCCCAGAGCAUGACGCUUAUUCAAGCACUCCAAAUGUCUCCCGAGGCCAUUUACAUCCCGACACUACAGGACCAUCAAGUCUGGGAGAAACCGCUGCCGCCUACCCCUGACACCACGCCAACCUCGACUGGUGCGCCGUUCCAGUCCCCUAUUUCCUCGUCCACCGACCCGACCGGCACAAAGGAGGCGCUGCGCAACGCGCCUACAUUCCAGAUCCCCGACCCCGUUGCCGAGGCCCCCAGCGCACCUCGCAACAAGUGCUCAGUGCACCUGCCCUUCAUCCUCGCCUUCGACAGCGACAUCCUGGCGCAGCAGUUUACCCUCGUCGAGAAGGACGCGCUCAAUGAAAUCGACUGGAAGGAGCUGAUCGAGAUGCGGUGGAAGAACGCCGAGCAGAACGGCGUCAACGUGCGCAGCUGGGUGUCGUUCCUGCGCGACACGGACGCACGCGGCGUCGAGGUGGUCAUCGCGCGGUUCAACGUCAUGGUCAAGUGGGCCAUCUCGGAGGUCGUGCUGACGGAGGACAUUGAGGAGCGCGCGCGCUGCGUCAUCAAGCUCAUCCACAUCGCCGCCCACUGCCGCCGCUACCGCAAUUUUGCUACCAUGGCCCAGCUCACCAUAGCUCUGACCAGCAACGAGGUUAGCAGGCUGGCCAAGACGUGGGCCAUGGUCCCCGCGAGCGACCGCCGCACGAUGAGGGAGCUGGAGGCGCUUAUGUCGCCGACGAGGAACUUUUAUAAUAUGCGCGCCGAGAUGGAAGGAGGAGGCGCGGCCGUCGCCGAGAUGGGGUGUAUCCCCUUUGUGGGCAUCUACACGCAUGAUUUGCUCUUCAAUGCGCAGAAGCCGAGCGAGAUUGCGAGCUCGCCUACGACGGCGCCGCUGGUCAACUUUGAGCGGUGCCGGACGGCGGCUAGCGUGGUAAAGACGCUGCUGAGACUGCUCGAGGCGAGUCUGCUGUAUAACUUUCAGCCGAUCGAGGGGAUUACCGAGAGGUGCUUGUGGAUGGGUGCGCUGGCGGAUGACGAAAUUCGACGGUUGAGUGAGGCGCUGGAGUGA